AUGUUAAUAACACCAAUAAAGGAACAAGAGAGGAGGAGUAGAGUAUAUGGAAUGUUAAAUGAUGUUGAUGAUGAUGAUGGUGUAAGCCAGCCAUCCAAAGUCAGACCACCAGUCGACAUAUUACAUAUCCGUCAUGAUGCUGUGAUUGUCGCAAAAUGGUUUGGUUGA